UUUAUGGAAAAACGUAGACGAAAAUAAAAGGUUCAAGGAUUUUUAGACCUAAGGCUAAUGAGGCCCCAUCAACCAUAAAUGCAAUCUAAUAUCGUAUUAGUUUCGCAGUCGUCAUGGCCACGCAAACAGCUACUGCCUCAGCGCAAGCGAUGCGAGAGGCUUUGAUUGUAGUUUCCAAUCGCCUACCUUUCGUUCUCAAGCCAAAUGAAGAAGGCCAGCUGGUCCGUAAGUUCAGUGCCGGUGGACUGGUGACAGCAGUAGCUCCGGUUGUGGCCCGUUGUAAUGGAUUGUGGGUCGGAUGGCCGGGUAUUUUUGUCGAACCUGGACAAGAAGAACCGGCUAUUCCAGAAUCAGAGGAUAGCCAUUCUACACCAUUUGCAAACCUGUUGUCAAACCAAAUUGUACCUGUCUUCAUGGAAAAAGUUCAGUUUGAUCAAUUUUAUAAUGGUUGCUGCAAUGGCACAUUCUGGCCCUUGUUUCAUUCAAUGCCAGACCGAGCCAUUUUCUUUGCAGAGCACUGGAAAGCUUAUCUGGAAAUGAAUCAGCUAUUCGCCAAGAAAGCCAUAGAAGCUGUUGAGCGACUCGUCCAAAAAGAGAAAGACAUUCUUCCACUGGUUUGGGUCCACGACUAUCAUCUGACGUUGGCAGCUGCUAUCAUCCGCAAGUUGGCAACAGAGAAAGGCAUCCGGAUCAAAUUGGGAUUCUUUCUGCACAUCCCUUUUCCUCCUUGGGACAUCUUCCGACUCCUUCCUUGGGCUAAUCAAGUCCUCGAGGGAUUGCUCGGCUGCGACAUGGUCGGAUUCCACAUCGAAGAUUAUUGUCUUAAUUUCUUGGAUUGCUGCCAGCGCCAAUUCGAUUAUAAAGUGGACAGGAAGACUUUCAUGGUUGAUCACGAGGAUAGAAGGAUAUCAGUCCGUCCUCUUCCCAUCGGCAUCCCGUUUGACAAGUUCGCUCAAAUGGCGGAAGAAGCUCCUCGAGUUGUAAAGGAAUCUCGCCAGAAAAUAAUUUUGGGUGUCGAUCGUUUGGACUAUACUAAAGGAUUGGUUCAUCGUCUACGAGCUUACGAACAUUUGCUAACAAAACACAGCAAAUACAUCGAGCAGGUCAUUUUCUUGCAGAUUGCUGUACCAUCUCGUACGGAUGUAAAAGAAUAUCAAGACCUCAAAGAAGAAAUGGACCAGCUUGUUGGCAAGAUAAAUGGGCAGUUUUCUACGGCCAACUGGUCCCCGAUUCGCUACAUUUACGGAUCCAUUUCACAAGCGGAAUUGGCGGCCUUCUAUCGUGAUGCAGCUGUUUGUGUAGUUACACCAUUAAGAGAUGGAAUGAAUUUAGUGGCUAAGGAAUUCGUCGCUUGCCAAAUUGAAGAUCCCGGCGUGUUGAUUUUGUCGCCGUUCGCCGGCGCCGGUGAGAUGAUGCACGAAGCUCUUAUCGUCAAUCCUUAUGAAGUGGAUUCGGCAGCUGAAACGAUCCACAGAGCUCUUAGUAUGUCACUGGACGAGCGCCAAGUUCGAAUGGCUCACCUAAGGAAACGUGAAAAGAUGAACGAUGUUAAUGCCUGGACUAUUGGAUUUCUCAAAGCCAUGAACAGUUCUCUUCUUGGCGAAACGGUACCUGUUGAACGUCCUCCAGUGGAAGAAGUUGGCCAAAUGCUGACGACUCCCGAAGAUUUCGAUUGUUUCUUAUCGGAUUACAUCGGCGGCGGUGACAAGUUGGCCAUUUUGUUGGAUUACGACGGGACCUUGGCGCCGAUCGCUCCCCAUCCGGACAUGGCCAUCAUUCCCAACGAAACGAAACGCGUCCUGGAACGGCUGUCCAACUGUCCUGACGUCUACGUGGCCAUCAUUUCUGGGCGAAGUGUGGCCAGUGUCAAGUCCAUGGUUGCCCUUGAGAACAUCACUUACGCUGGUAAUCACGGCCUCGAGAUACUCCAUCCGGACGGGACGAAAUUUACUCAUCCCAUGCCAACAGAGUACGAAGGAAAAAUAAGUCAGUUGAUGGAAAAGUUACAGGAAGAAGUUUGUUCUCAUGGCGCGUGGGUAGAGAAUAAAGGCGUCUUAUUGACUUUCCACUACCGAGAAGCGCCUGAAGAUGCCCGAGAUGAGUUGGUUGCUAAAGCUCGAAGCAUGAUUGAAUCUUUCGGCUUCAACUGUUUUCCAGCUCUAUGUGCCCUGGAGGCCAAGCCGCCCGUCGAAUGGGAUAAAGGCCGCGCUGCAAUUUACAUUCUGCGCACGGCUUUCGGAGUGGAUUGGAGCGAGCGCAUCCGUAUCAUAUUCGCUGGCGAUGAUGUUGGCGAUGAGGAUGCCAUCGUCGCCUUAAAAGGUAUUGCGGCCACGUUUCGUGUUACUUCGGACAUGGGGAUCAGCACGGCAGCUGACCGACGAUUGUCCAACACUGACGUUGUUUUGGCUUUGCUAAAGUGGAUUGAACGCUACAUGAUGCACCGCAAGCCAGCACGUUUUAGCGCGUCAGCAACGGUCGUAUCUACCAAUCUAGCGAUGUCCCCGCAAUCUAUUCUACAGCCUAUGGAAUCUGAAGUAGAAGUCGGUGUUUGAAUUCAAAAAAAUUUUCUUUUUAUUUACGUACAGAAAGUUUUUUGGUCUCAAUUC